ACUACUAGUAGUAUAGCGUAAAUGAAUUGAAAGCUAUCCAAACAAAACAAAAGAAACCACCGAACAAAAAGAAAAGAGAGGGCUUUUUCUCUGGGAUUCGACGACCGUAAUCGAACGGCGAUGGGUAGCCAGCAUCGUCGCCGUCUUGCCAUCGCGGCGGUGCCGGUACUCCUAUUACUCGUGGUUGUCAGCGAGCUGUCAGAUUCAGCCGGCGCUGCGAAUUCGGUAUCGGCUUUCGUUCAGAACGCCAUCUUGUCCAACAAGAUUGUCAUCUUCUCCAAGUCCUACUGCCCGUAUUGCUUGCGUUCGAAACGUAUUUUCAGCGAACUUAAGGAGCAGCCAUUUGUUGUGGAGCUUGAUCAGAGAGAGGACGGAGAUCAAAUCCAGUACGAGCUUCUGGAAUUCGUUGGUCGCCGAACUGUCCCGCAAGUUUUUGUAAACGGCAAGCACAUUGGUGGAUCAGAUGAUCUUGGAGCUGCUGUGGAGAAUGGUCAGUUGCAAAAGCUUCUUGCUGCAAGUUGAUUUUGAGGAGCUGGAAAGUGGGAUUAGUGUGAUUUUACAGGAAUAGGAAUCUUUGGUGCUAGUUUUAGACUGAAUAAAAUGAUCUGGUAUGUGUCUUGUUGACUGGCUUGAUUGUUCCACCUUAUAUAAGAGUUUAUGAUGGCGUUGAUAAUA